CGGUUUCAUUAAAUCUUUCUUUUCUCAGGAAAAAGGGAGAAAAAAUAGAGUUUAGGGUUUCAAAUUUUGAAGCGGCAACUGAAUGACAAUGGAGAGUGCAUUAGCAGAAGCCUCGGAGCUCGUACAUCAGGAGCAGCAAAUCGACCAAUACGAACGCAUUUUAUCAUAUGCUUUCUCGACAAACAACAUCGUCGAUGCCAAGAUAUUCAUUGAUCAUAUGUUAUCGGAAGUCGUUCCACCGGUCGUAUCGAGGCAGGUUUUGCAAACUUUUGCACAAAAAUUGUUGAGAUUGGAGCCAGAUACUCAAAAGGAAUUUGCUCAUUGUGAACUUGCUCAGAUUCAGCCUCGUGUCGAUUCAUUCGAAAAACAUGUAUUGUUUAUCAGAGAGAAACUUGCCGAGUUGUAUGAAUCUGAGCAGCAGUGGUCAAAAGCAGCAGAGAUGCUAAGUGGGAUUGAUUUAGAUUCUGGAAUGAGGGUUAUUGAUGACACAUUCAUAUUGUCAGAAUGUAUCCGAAUUGUUCGUCUAUAUCUUGAGGAUGAUGAUGCUGUUAAUGCUGAAGCUUUUAUUAAUAAAGCGUCAUUCUUGAUUAGCAACCGUCAGUAUGAAAUGUUGGUUUUACACUACAAGGUUGGUUAUGCAAGGAUUUUGGAUAUAAAGAGGAAGUUCCUGGAAGCAGCACUGCGGUACUAUGACAUAUCUCAAAUUGAGAAGCGAAAAAUAGGAGAUGAAAUAAUCGAUGAGGAUGAACUGGAGCAAGCUCUAUCUGCUGCGGUAACAUGUACAAUUUUAGCAGCUGCUGGUCCUCAACGCUCUCGACUUCUUUCCAUCCUGUACAACGAUAAACGAUGCUCCAAGUUAAAGAUAUAUCCGACAUUACAAAAGGUUUAUUCGGAGAGGAUUUUAAGAAAACCUGAAAUUGAUGCAUUUGCUGAAGAACUUAAACCUCAUCAGAACGCAGUGCUUGCCGACAAUUUUACUGUGCUGGACCGCGCCAUGAUAGAGCAUAAUCUUCUUAGUGCAAGCAAACUUUACACAAAUAUAAGUUUUGCUGAGUUGGGUACUUUACUGGGCAUUCCUCCCCAUAAGGCUGAAAAAAUCGCAUCAAGAAUGAUUUCUGAGGAUAAAAUAAGGGGCUCAAUUGACCAGGUGGAAGCGGUUAUACAUUUUGAAGAUGACAAGGAGGAGCUGCAACAGUGGGAUCAACAGAUAGUUGGGGUAUGUCAAGCUCUGAACGAUAUACUAGAUGGCAUGGCAAGGAAUGGUAUGGCGGUUCCUGUCUGAUCAACUCCACUUUAAUAAG